AGGUUAGUAUGGACGAUGUGUUAAACACCUACUUUUCGUAGAUUUUUGGUAUGACUUUGGGUUAUAUCCGCGGAUUUUUAUGUAAAAUGAGCUCAUCCGCCUCCGCGCCCUUGGUGCCCGUCGGUGUUCGUGGUAUGAAAGUGCUUGAUCGAGAUAAAUUCUUGCGCAACAUAAAAGUGCCAAUUCUAAAGGUCAAAGAAGAAAAUUUGUCUAAAAUAACACAAAUUUCAAAAUCAUACUUCCUUAAACUAGAGGCUUUUAAGCCAGUGAGGAGUAUAGAGGAAGGAGAAGAUGCAAUAUUCAAGAAGUGUAUUUUCCUAAACCCUGAGAAAGUGAGUCAGUGGGCUGACAUCGCUGAGAGUGACCGAACUGCUCUAACCAAAUUGGAUGUGACAGAAAGCAACUUUGAUAACAAGGAAAUCCAGCUGUGCUACGAAAAUUGGCGUUUUGAAGCAAUAUUCAAAGCAGUUCUUCCGGAAAACGAAGAGGGUGUCAGUGGUUUCUCUCAGAUUGGUCACAUCAUCCACCUGAACUUGAGAGAUCACUUACUUGAUUACCGUCCGCUGAUCGGCCAGGUGCUUGUCGAUAAAAUAAAGACAUGCAGAACAGUAGUGAACAAAUGUGUGAGCAUAGACAAUACAUACAGGAACUUCAGCAUGGAACUCAUUGGUGGAGAUGAAGACUAUUUUGUUACGGUGAAGGAAAACCUCUGUAUAUUCCAGUUUGAUUUCUCCAAAGUGUACUGGAACCCUCGCUUAGGUAAGGAGCAUGAAAGGAUAUUAAGCUACCUAAAACCUGGUGAUUGUCUAUUUGAUAUAUUCUGUGGAGUAGGACCCUUCGCAGUUCCAGCAGCCAAGCGCAAAAUCAAAGUAUUUGCCAAUGAUUUAAACCCUGACUCCUUCAAAUGGUUGAACCAUAAUGCCAAAAACAACAAAGUUAAUUCAGCAUUUUUCAAAUCAUUCAAUAAAGAUGGAAAAGACUUUAUUUGUAAUGAAUUCAAAGAUUACAUAAUUUCGCUGUGUAAAGGCAAUGAAAAGUUGGAUGGUAAAAUCCACAUUACCAUGAAUUUGCCUGCAAUGGCUGUGGAAUUUUUGAAAUACUUCAAUGGAUUGAUCAAAGAGGAUCUAGCAGAGAAAUUCAAUCAAGAAAUCAUUGUUUACGUAUACUGCUUUGCAUUAGGAGAUGAUCACGUGGCGAUUGCUAAGAAAAUGGUGAAUGAAAACAUCGGAUCUGACAUUUCAAGUCUUAUUACGGAUGUGUUUGAUGUGAGAAAUGUUUCACCGAAUAAAGAAAUGAUGAGAGUGACGUUUAAAUUGACGAAGGAGAUUUUAUUCGGUAAAAGUGAAGUUUUGAGUGAACCUCCAUUGAAAAAGUUGUGUGUAUAACAGUUUUAUUUUUUAAAUGUAAGAUAAAAUGAGUGUUUUUAAUUACU